CAAUAUAUGGUUAAUAUUUAUUUAAAAUGUGGUUUGAAAAUGUUGCUUCUGUAAUAUUAAUUUGUAAAGUAAAAUCUGUUCAGUUUUUGGUACUUCGGCCCAUUGAGACUUAAUUCAUAACAUCACUUGAGAAACUAGUUUUUUUUUUUAAAUAGGCAUCUUUAAACUUUUCUCAAUAUCAUUAUCCUCCUCUAAAUAAUCUCUAUUUAAAAACAAAUUUAAAUAUAUUUUGGCACCGAUUCUGUGGAAUAAAAGGCAUGACCCAGGUUCCCAAGGAGUGAAGUUCAUGUCCCUUUUGUGAACUCUACAAAUCUGAAAUUUUGUUCACUUUGCUUUGGUGUUGAUAGCUCGAAGUUCACAGUCGCCAUUUUCGGCUUUCCGGCAUCUUGUGUCAGUAGUUAUUACAUUGUUUUCUGUACCAGAGUUUGUGGUCUGAUAUCUUUAAACAAUGAGUAAGAAUAACACGUCGUAUCCAACUGUAGCUACUAUUAUUGGCUGCCCUGACCAGUUGAAUACCACAAAUGGAUUGCUUGCAACACCAAUUGGUGCAUCAGGAGAACUUCAACCUCCAAGUGGUACAUUUAUCAAUGAUACUAGCUCAAUUAAGGAUCCUAUUCAAAGAGCUGUUCUGGAUAAUAUUUGUGGGACCCUCCCUACCAAGAAUAAUCCUGAAUACAUCAGAUGUGAUGUAUGCAAGGUGGACUGUAAUGGGAAUGCUGCUUAUAAAAGUCACUUAAGCGGAUCAAAGCAUUCGAAAAAGUUAAAGGAGCAGGAGAUGACUCAGUAUUUGAAACUUCCUUACAUUCGUCAUAAUGAAGACUCGAACACUUUUUCGUGCACUUUGUGUUGUGCUACCCUAAAUGCUGUAAGUCAGAUAGCAGCUCACAUUGAAGGUCAAAAGCAUAAGAACAAAGCUCAAUCUCAUGAACCUAUCGCUGCAAGUAAUACACAAAUAAAUAGCACUCGUGAUCCGGCAAAGCCACGUGUUGACGCUACUCCGAAUUUGCUGUACUGCGCCACCUGUAACAUUCACGUCAAUUCAGCUGUGCAGCUUGAACAGCACACUUCUUCGAAGAAACAUAUAAGCAAGGUGAAUGGUAAAUCGAACUUCAGGAACCCUUCUUAUAAAUGGCGACCACGUGGAGGAAACAAUGGGAAUAGGUACACUCCCACCAAUAGCUACGUUGGCAGUACAUCCUAUCCAAAAAUAUCUCACAAUUUUGUACCUGGUGGUCAGUUUAGGCCGUAUUAGUGGCAUCCUUUUGUUUUAUGUAAAUAUCUCAAUUACUAUACUCAAUUUUUAGUUUUACUAUAAAUUCCUAUAUUCAAUAAAAUAUAAGUAACUUAUUAUAUAAUUGUAAUUAUUGUUUGCAUCUCAAACAAAAUUUAAUAAGCUUCAUCGAUAAUGGUACAAAUAAUGCAUGUGUUAAUAAAUUCUUUUGUAAGAAACAUUUUUGAUAUGUUAUGGUUUGAACAUAUUAGUGUCCUAAAAGAUGUAGGAAUUAUUAAUUUCUCACUAAAAAGUAUGAACAGUGUUAAAAAAACAUAAAGAAAUAUCCAAGAUCUAUAUUAAAUAGGACAUGAAACAUAAUUAUUUAAUUGAUUGAAUUAGUUGGUUUUUUUUUUCAAU